CGCCGGAAGUGGGAGGUGUCGCGCGCGGGCCGGCGCUCGACCCCUCCCCCCAGGCUCUGCCGCCCCCUCCCCCCGCUCCGCCCGCUCAGAGCAUGAUGGCGGCAUCUGAGGUAGCUGGCGUGGUGGCCACUGCUCCCAAUCCUCCGGAAUCCUCGUCUAGUGUAUGUGCUUCCAAACCAGACGAAGUUCUCCCAGACGGUCUAAGCCCCAAAGACCCUGCACAGAAGCACAAGAACUCGCCUCUGUCGAGUGUAAGUAACCAAACGAUAACCAAGGAGAAUAACAGAAAUGCCCAUUUGGAACACCCAGAGCAGAAUCCUGGUUCAUCAGCAGGUGACACUUCAGCAGCGCACCGGGCGGUUUUAGGAGAAAACUUGAUAGCCACGGCCCUUUGUCUUUCUGGCGGUGGGUCUCAGUCUGAUUUGAAGGACGUGGCCAGCACAGCGGGAGAGGAGGGGGACACACGCCUCCGGGAGAGCCUCCACCCCGCCACUCGAUCUCUUAAGGCAGGGUGCGAUACAAAGCAGCUUGCCUCCGGGAAUUGUCCUGAAGAGAAGGCCCCACAAGCCUCCAUCCUAAAGGAAGGGAGCAGGGACACAGGCUUGGAUUUCCCACCUGUGGUGCCUCCAGCAAAUGGGGUUGAAGGAGUCAGAGUGGAUCAGGAUGAUGAUCAGGAUAGCUCUUCCCUGAAGCUUUCUCAGAACAUUGCCGUCCAGACUGACUUUAAGACGGCUGAUUCAGAGGUAAACACAGAUCAAGAUAUUGAAAAGAAUCUGGAUAAAAUGAUGACAGAGAGAACCCUGUUGAAGGAGCGUUACCAGGAGGUCCUGGACAAGCAGAGGCAAGUGGAGAAUCAGCUCCAAGUGCAAUUAAAGCAACUUCAGCAAAGGAGAGAAGAAGAAAUGAAGAAUCACCAGGAGAUAUUAAAGGCUAUCCAGGACGUAACAAUAAAGCGAGAAGAAACAAAGAAGAAGAUAGAGAAAGAAAAGAAGGAGUUUUUGCAGAAGGAGCAGGAUCUGAAAGCUGAAAUUGAGAAGCUUUGUGAGAAGGGCAGAAGAGAAGUGUGGGAAAUGGAACUGGAUAGACUCAAGAAUCAAGAUGGUGAAAUAAAUCGGAACAUUAUGGAAGAGACAGAACGGGCCUGGAAGGCAGAGAUCUUAUCACUAGAGAGUCGGAAAGAGUUGUUGGUAUUGAAACUAGAAGAAGCAGAAAAAGAGGCAGAACUGCACCUUACUUACCUCAAGUCAACUCCCCCAACACUAGAGACAGUUCGUUCCAAACAAGAGUGGGAGACAAGACUGAAUGGAGUUCGGAUAAUGAAAAAGAAUGUUCGGGACCAAUUUAAUAGUCAUAUCCAGCUAGUGAGGAAUGGAGCCAAGCUGAGCAGCCUUCCUCAGAUCCCUACUCCCACUUUGCCUCCACCCCCAUCAGAGACAGACUUCAUGCUUCAGGUGUUUCAACCCAGUCCCUCUCUGGCUCCUCGGAUGCCCUUCUCCAUUGGGCAGGUCACAAUGCCCAUGGUUAUGCCCAGUGCAGAUCCCCGUUCCUUGUCUUUCCCGAUCCUGAACCCUGCCCUUUCCCAGCCCAACCAGCCUUCCCCACCCCUUCCUGGCUCGCAUGGGAGAAAUAGCCCUGGCUUGGGUUCCCUUGUCGGCCCUCAUGGUCCACACGUGCCCCCUGCCGCCUCCAUCCCACCUCCCCCAGGCUUGGGUGGUGUUAAGGCUUCUACUGAAACUCCCCGGCCCCAACCAGUAGACAAACUGGAGAAGAUUCUGGAGAAGCUGCUGACUCGGUUUCCACAAUGCAAUAAGGCCCAGAUGACCAACAUUCUUCAGCAGAUCAAGACAGCACGUACCACCAUGGCAGGUCUGACCAUGGAGGAGCUGAUCCAGCUGGUAGCUGCGCGACUUGCAGAGCACGAGCGGGUGGCAGCAAGUACUCAGCCCCUUGGUCGGAUCCGGGCCCUGUUCCCUGCUCCAUUGGCCCAAAUCAGUACCCCAAUGUUCUUGCCUUCUGCCCAAGUUUCAUAUCCUGGGAGGUCUUCACAUGCUCCAGCCACCUGUAAACUGUGUCUAAUGUGCCAGAAACUUGUCCAGCCCAGUGAGCUGCACCCAAUGGCAUGCACCCACGUGCUGCACAAGGAGUGUAUCAAAUUCUGGGCCCAGACCAACACAAAUGACACUUGUCCCUUUUGUCCAACUCUUAAAUGACGGACCUGACUGGGGAGGAAGAAGAGGAGAAACUGAUGUGAACAGGAAGCGCGGGUUCAAGAUUUCUAAAACUCUAUAUUUAUACAGUGACAUAUACUCAUGCCAUGUACAUUUUUAUUAUAUAGGUAAUGUGUGUAUAGAAAGUCUGUAUUCAGAUGUUCGUAAAUGAAAGUAUGUAUAUUAUGCAGAAAUGGUCUGUCCCCCUCACCUUGCAAUUCCUCUGGGGGAAGCAGAGUAUAGGUAAGAUGGUAUUUAAUUUGGCCUUGAAAUUAUGAUAUUCCUGCCUAGGGCUGUUUUCAGAUACAAUAUAAAAACCAUCUAGGAAGCUGCUCUUGCUCUAAGGCCACCCUGCUCUGAUUUGGCUCAGCCUCUAGUCCAUUUUCUUAAGGCUCAUGUACGCAGAUUUGAACCCUGGUGCUCACCUGCUGUCCAGCCAGAUGCCUUGCUUAUUGAAAGCCUCCGGAAGCCUCAGUGCUAUUCUAGCCCUUCUACUCCAAAUGGAGAAAAUGAGACUGAUUGAGGAAAAAAUAUAUAACCCUGAUAGUUUGAUUUUUCAUUGAACAUUUUACUGUGUUAACACUCAUUAUUUGUACAUAGACAUUAGGUUUACAGAAUAGUCUGUUUACAUCAGCAAAAUUCACAGUCCAAGAAUAACAACAUAACCAGGUCCCAUUUUCCCCAUGCCUCCCACAAACUUCUCUCCACCCUACUUCCUGGAUAGUCAUCUCUUUAGAAACUAGCAUAGCCCACAGGUCUUUCCUGGGCCAAGCCAUCCCUUUCCACCACUGACUUGGCUUCUGAUCAAGCUUUCACAGACCAACCUUGUGAAGUCCUCACCGCUUCCCCUUCACUUCUGGUCUUCUAGUCUAGCUAUCCCCCCUCCCCUUGAAGGUUAAGGCAGUUGGUUCACAACCAAGUUGUUUGGUGACCUUGGGUGAGUUCCAGGCAGGCACUGGGGUGAGGAGAUGUCUGUGCAAAGUUCCUUUCAGGAUGAUCUUGGGAUAUGGGUUUGAAUUUUUGAAGCAAGAAAGCUAUGGGGGACAUGCUUCCUGUCCUGGGAAAAAUGGAGACCAAAGUGCUAUGAAGAAGGGAGGUUAGAUUUCAAGUUUAUAAGUCAUUUGUUCUAUGGAUAGCUAUCUGGAACUAGGUCAUUUUUUCACCUCUGCUUAUUGAGCACUUCCAGUUUCUAGGUUUAUACCUGGGAAAGCUGUGUUUCUAUUAGAGCUUUGAUCCUUUCCUAUCCUUUUAGCUUUACUCCUAAUGGAAAUGGUGUCAGCUCCCUUCUCUUUUGGAAUUAAACAAGUAAAAAUUAAGCAGUAAUAAAAAAAAUUAGCUCCAGGAAAGGAUAUUAUUAUAUUACCAACAGGUGAAUUUUUCCCAUUCUGGGACCUGGAAAUGCUUACUCGCACUAGUAGUACAUAUGAGGGUAGCAAAGAUUUUUCCUUUCAGAGCCAAAUAAUUCUCUCUGUUCAUGUUACUCUUCCUCGUCUUUCAUCCUUGCUUGUCAGCUCAUGAAAAUACUCUUUCUCUUCUCUGGUCUUACUUGUCCAGGUUUAUUGACUGGCAACAGUGUAAGGAAAUGGAUUUCCUGGGAUCUCCUUGGCAUCUUGUAGGGUGAUGGAAAUGGCCUGAGUACUCCCCACUGUAGAGGUCAGAUGACCCACUUUCUUUGGUUAAUGAAAUAUUAAUGACUCUAGUUUGGUAGCCGUCAUGAACAGGGAAUGUGGCAAAAUGGAAGACCAGUUCCUUUGUUCUUUUCAUUUGGUUGGGGGGGGAUUCAUUUUUUAUCUUGUAAUCUUAAGAUUUUAUCUCCCCUCAACUUUACAGCAGUCUUUGGGCCACUUGCAGUAUUUUUCAGUAUCCAAUGGAAAUAUAGAAAUUAGAAAUGGGUCUAAAAAAUAUCCUGUUUCUUUUCCACAAAUCUUUGACACCAAAGGGGUAAAGAGAAAAAAGGAGGGGAUGGGGGGCUUAACUGCUUCCUAGUGAAAGCCCCUGGAAACCAGCUGCAGCAGGAAGACAGUGUGGUGGAGGGUGUGCAUGGGGGCCGGGACUCAUCAUCGCUCUUUGCUCUUUCUUGUUCAGGAUCAAUCCGAAAGCAACAGUUAAGUUUUGGCCACCCUUGUUCUCCCUUUUCCCUCUGUCCACUGGCCUGCACUGGUACAAACUGUGCAGACCCCCGGGGAAGGCCCCUGAUGCAGGGAGUGGAGAUGGGACAGUCAUUUUUCUGGCAUAGAAUUUAAAAAUAGAAAUAUAGAAUACAUAUUUUUACAAGGAAGAAGCUGUUGUCUAGAUUUUUUUUUACACUUCAGAGUUCAUGGUUUCAGGGUAGAAAGGAAGAAACUGUUAAAAGAAAAAUAAGUACAAGUUUUCUCUUUCAAAGAAAAAAAUAGGGCAAUGAGACUUACUAAGGAAGGGGUUGAGUUUUAUACCCUGGAAAGAGCUGGGGAAAAGCCAGUUUUCCCCAACGUGGGUCAAAAUUAUAAAGUGGAAUGUGGCAUUUUCAUUUCACGGUAGCAAUUCUGGAAGUUUAUUUACACAGUAAGUUCCAAGCUGGAAGUGGACAGUCUCCAGUCUUCCUGUCAGUCUCUGUGGUUAUGGGGUGUUCCCCGUCAGCCAAAGCAGCACCAAGUGCAGUGGGAAUGAAGAGGACUCGGAUAAAAAACUGCGACUCAGUAUUCUUGUUUUAUUGGUUUAUGGCUUGUGGGCAGCUGGCUGAGGCCAGGAUCUCCAGAGGCCCUCUUUGUAUUUCCCUCUCCCUCAUCAGGUAAUUCUACACUGUGCGCGUCCCAUACCUGGAAGCAGUGUGUUGACCAGAGAGGAAUAGGGAUCCAGUGGAGUAGUAAGAAAAUUCAGCUCUUCCCAUUAACACUGGUAUCAUAGUCGACUGGCUUAGAACUGAUAGGGAGGAAAUGAACUUGUUCCCCACUGUCUAGCCCAAGAACCAGCCUGGGUACCCAAGUACUAUUAGGAGCGGGGAAUAAAGAGCAGGAUAGGGGCAAAGGAUGGCCUCCAUCAAGGGGCUCUUGUGGUGAAGGGAAUUAGGAAGCGCGGAGGCUGGCAUCCUUUUUCCACGCAGCCUUGAUACUGAAUGCGAUGCUGGUGGAGCCAGAAAGCCCUGUGUUCCUGACAUUCUUAGUAUAAUACUAGUGCCACUGUGGGAUGCCUUAGCCAAAUAAAUGAGGGAGACCUUAGAGACAGGGAGAAGGCAAUGAAACUGCUCUGUAUCAUGUCAAGAUCUUACUACCACUUACAGCUGAACAGGAAGAAAUCCAGGCAGGGGGGUAUAGGGCAUCAACUCUGUACCUGUUGAAGCAUCUUCAGGAGUCUGCUUUCAAGGAUUAGAUAGGAGAGGUCUCCUAUCUAUUCUUAGCACCUCAGCUACAAAGCUCUGGAGGAAUAGGACUGGGGGAGGGGUGAACAGGUAGCCAGGAAGACAAGGUGCAGCCCUGUUAUAUCUGCUCUAUUCCGGCUGCUUUCCCAUAGGGCACCUGGGGCUUCCAGGGCUGGGGGUGUUUCAGUGCUACCAGUCACGUGUAGAGUAGAGGGUUCAGGUAGGGACGAGGAAUUAAUAAGGUAGAAAUUCAUUUAUUAGAUGGAACCUUUUAGUGGGCACUUUUCCUUUAAGAGAGUUAAAAAGAGCUUUUUGGCUAGAGAAGCCCUUCUUCCCAUCAUCGCACUUUUGGUCAGGCUGCAACCACAGAAAAGAAGACAUUGGGAAGCAACACCCAUCUUAGAAGAUGGGAU